GCCAGCCUGGACGCCCACUUCCGGCCGUCCCAGGCGCUUUGCUGGCGCUGGUAGGCUGGGGGCCCCCACCGCCACUCUCCCUCUGGGUCGCGCGGGCUCCGCCCUUUAACGGAAACGUCUCCCUCUUCACCCUGCCCCGUAGCAGACGCUGUGCUGCGCCCACAGCUGCCGGACAAAGGGUGACGUCCAGAGUUGGAGUCAUGGCGGCAAGUGAGCCGAGCUUGGCAGUAACCGAGAGCCUCGCGCCGCUGUCGGGGAAAGAGGAAGGGGCCGGCUUGAGCUCAGUCCCGGAGCGUAAUUCUACGGGCUCCUCCUCGACUCCUGAGACCCCACCGCCUGGCCCCGAAUCGUCCAGCCUCAACGCCGCGGUCCCCGAAGCGAAUCCUACGUUUCCCGCGGCGGCCGCCGCCGCCCUGGAGCUGCCCCUCGGGCCCGCACCCCUGGCCUCCGCGCCGUUUGCCGAAGCCGCUCCGCGAUCCCCCCCAGGCCCUGGCGGCUCCCGGCCCGGCCCGGAGACGUUCCGCCAGCGAUUCCGGCAGUUCCGCUACCAGGACGCGGCAGGCCCUCGGGAGGCGUUCCGACAGCUGCGGGAGCUCUCCCGCCAGUGGCUGCGGCCCGACAUCCGUACGAAGGAGCAGAUCGUGGAGAUGCUGGUGCAGGAGCAGCUGCUCGCCAUCCUGCCUGAGGCAGCGCGGGCCCGGCGGCUUCGCCGCCGCACGGACGUGCGCAUCACCGGCUGAGCGGCAGAGCUGCGGGCGGCCCGGCCCGGGCGCUCUCUGGACUAGAGCCGUGAUCAGAUCCGAGGCCCUGAGCCUGGCUCCCCAUUACGCGUUAAUGAAAAAUGAGUUUUGGCAGUUCCUGCAGUCUCGUGUGUCCUUUUCGUUCGUCCUUUAUCGUGCUUAUUUUCCCGAACCUAUUUCCAACCUCCUUUCUGGCUGGUGGCGAAUCAAGUUGGGAGUCCAUGAGAAUAAAGCCUUUGUUUCUCAUUCA